GCCAAGACCAAUUUAUUCAUCCAUUCUUCAGGUUUCUCCUGAUUGUGAAAGACAUCUAUUAUUGGACCGCUUUUUAUUAGAGUCGAUUUAUUCCGUUAAUUGCGUGAGGAAAUACAACUGAAUCACUCUCAAAGAAACCGUUUUAUAAUUCGAGCAUCUAAACGAGUGUUUAGCAGAACCGUCGCUACACAUGACUCUACUGUCGAGCAUGCGGCGCCACAGUCUUCGCGUGCAGCAUCACCUGCACAGGUGGAGCAUCUGCGGGACGGACGGAGGGCAGCUCCUGAGAGGUGCUUUCACGACCAACAACAUCGGUAACAUUUCCUGUUCCAGUUCAUGCUCGCGCUCCAUUGAGAGCUGCUCGUCCUCUUCUUCUGACACGGCUCUCUCCACCGAGGUUACGACUCGCACUUCGAUCGGACCCUACACGGUUUUCCUGCUCGGAGACAACGGCGUCGGGAAGUCAGCGCUCGCGAGUAUAUUCGCUGGAGCAUCAGACAGUAUGGGCAGCGCAAGCGAGAUAUAUGGAGGUGAAAUAUUUGAGCAGACUAUGAUGGUUGAUGGUGAGAAGGCUACAGUUACCCUGCUCGACACUUCAGAUUCACUGGAUGAGGGCAGCUGGAUGCAGGAACGUUGUUUGCAGACAGGAGAUGCUUUCGUCAUAGUCUAUUCCAUAACGGAUCGAUCGAGUUUCCUUCGCGCGUCAGAGCUCCGUAUUCAGCUGCGGCGCGAGCGUCAGGCUGACCACACUCCCAUCAUCCUCGUUGGCAAUAAAUGUGACCUGGUCCGUUGCCGAGAAGUGUCCAUUAGUGAGGGUCGUGCAUGUGCAGUCGUGUUUGACUGUAAGUUUAUUGAGACAUCAGCAGUGAUGCAACAUAAUGUCUGGACGCUGUUUGAAGGUAUCAUCCGCCAGCUUCGCCUGCGAAGAGACAGCCUGGAGACCAUCACCCGGCGUCAUGCUCUUUACAAGCGUCAAGAGAGUUUCCCCAAGAAAACAAAGCGUUUCAUUGACAAAAUCGUUGCUAAGAAGAACAAGCAAGCCGCCUUCAAACUUAAGUCCAAAUCAUGUCAUGAUCUGUCUGUAAUGUAGGGCUUUGGGCACUGAAUGUGUGUUGGGUUGUUUGUAUGUAAGCAUUGUAUGAAUUUGGGUGCAAACUAAUGGUAAUUUUGAAUAGUAUAUGAUGUGACUGUCAAAUGUUUGCUUUGUAUCUGGUCUGCCAUUUACUGCAUGUAUGAGAUUUUGAAGAAGGAAAUUCAUGUCUAUAUUAGACUUUGCUGUAGGCAAAUAAUGAUUACAGCCUACUUGCUCCCUCUGUGAUGGACAGAACGCUCUAGUGUAACCCAUAUUCAUCUAAACAUUUUAAAAGCUGUGGAUUGCACAGGAUUUUUUGGAAAAAUAUUAAAACCUUAUUAAUAUUCUAUUAUCU